UGCCUACCAACCUGGUAGUAUCUGGGAUAUGACAGGAAACUGGUGCACCCAAAGGAAACUUAUGCAGUCUCAGGGAGAUCAAGAAAAUGUUAUCCAGACAUCACCAAAGCUCCUUAUUUGAGAAUCAGCACUCAGCCAAACUGGGAAAAUAUCAUUACAUUCUCCAGAGAUGGAAACCAAUGGUCACAAUCAAAAUCUGCAGCAACACAGGAGGAGCUGGAGGAACUCAGCAAGUCAGGCAGCAUCUGUGGAGAAUGAACAGUCAAUAUUUUGGGUCGAGACCCUUCAUCAGGACUGGAACAGAAGAGGACAGAAGUUGGAAUAUAAAAGGUCUCCAGUAACCAUGAGAGGAGGGGUGGUAAUCGUUCUGUGGCUGGCCCUCACUGUGGCACGCUCUGAGGAAGAAAAUAAGACCACUACCGCGCCCCAGGACAACUCAACCACCACUUCAGACUGGGGCAUUGGAUCCAUCCGAGAUGGCUUCGAGACUGUCAACGGAUACUUCGACUCAUUCCUAGAGCUCCUGGGCGGCAGAAAUGGAGUGUGUCAGUACAAGUGUCGAUAUGGUAAGGCACCUCUGCCAAGACCAGACUACAAAACACCUGAGCCAAACGGUUGUAGCUCGAGUUUUCUUGGACUCAAGGUACCAGACACACUUGAUUUGGGAAUCCCAGCCAUGACCAAGUGUUGCAAUCAGCUCGAUCUUUGUUACGACACUUGUGGGGCCAACAAAUACCGGUGUGAUGCCAAGUUCCGAUGGUGCCUCUAUGGAAUUUGCUCUGACCUCAAGAAAAGUUUGGGUUUUGUGUCUAAGGUUGAAGCCUGUGAAACAGUAGCAGACACGAUGUUCAAUGCGGUCUGGACCCUGGGAUGCAGGCCUUUCAUGAACAGUCAGAGGUCAGCAUGUACGUGCGCUGAGGAGGAAAGAGAUGAGCUUUGAAGACAAUAGCUGCAAUACCGGACGUGCCUGCAUUUGUAUGUGCAAUGUAGCUCUCCCCUCUGUGACUAUAUGUGGCACAUGACUUUCCAUGUGCGUAAGCGGCAAAUAUCCCUAUUGGCACCUGUACGUGCAACACCAGAACUACCUGGUGGCUUAUUUAUUUCUUGGCCUUUUCAUAAAAUGAUACAGAACAUGGUUUGUGACCCAUCACGUCUUUGGUAACUGAAUAAUUUAGAAUAAUUUCAUAUCAACUUAUGGGAGCUAUUUAUGCGUUUUGACAAAGUAUUUUGGAACAGGUUUGGGUGCUUCUUAUGAUCGACAAAGGAUCUUUACUACCAAAAUGUUCUUCCCCUUCCAAAUAUUAUUUUGUGUGUUUCUAUGUCAAGCAACAUCUUUAGGUUAGAUAAUGGGUGUUCCCUGGUUAUUAUUUCUACUGCACAGUGGGUGUUCACCCACUUCGUAAGGAUACUACCAAGAAGUGGCUGUCGGUCUAAUUCUCCCCAGUGAUAAGGUUGAGGAUGGGUCUUGGUGUAUGAGGAAGUUGGGUACAAGUCAACACUCACCCACCACACAGGGCAGGGGGGUUACUAAAAAAUGCUGCAUAAUCACCCAUCCUAUUCUUUAUGAUACUGUAGCCUCCUUAUAAGAACAGCCUACACAUAUAGUGCCCUGUAAUAAGGUAAGACACCCCAAUGCAAGAUCAGAAUUAGACGCAGUUUGACACUAAGCAUCAUGAGGGGGUGGACUGAAGCUUGGCCAAAGAGUAGGGAUUUUGGGUCCAUCUUAAAGGAAAGUAAAGAGAUGAAAUGAGGCAGAUCUAGAUGUUGAAUUAAUAUAAUCAACCCAGAGAUGUCAAUACUGGACUGAAAACCAUGUAGUUAUUAUUGAGUUGCACAGGAGAGUUAGGUAUAUGGAUUAUUCACACACAGCUCUAAUCAGCCGACAGAGGACAACAUCAACAAUUCAACCAAGACAGAAGCUUUCAGACUUCCCUGGGUUUUUGGAACCUUCUUGGUACACAUGUAUCCUGGAAAGAACUUGCCCCUUUUUCUGUUUACCACCAAGAGCUGUUGUACAGCGAAGUGUUGUCCCAUGGACAUCUAACCUCUAAGAGUGUGGAAGAAGGCUAUUCAGCCCAGUACAUCCAUGCUGACCAGAGGGCAUCUGUCCAUUUUAAUCCUAUCUCCUGUCCAUGGCCUUAAAUGUCCAGGAAAAUCAAGUGCCUGACUAGACUCUACUUCAAUGCCUUUAGUAACUCUCAUAGUAACUGUCUUCUGCCAGUCACUUAGAUAAUGCAUUCCAGUUGCUCACCACUCUUUGAGAAAAAAGAUGCCCUUCUGAUCCACUCUUAUGUUCUUCAGCUGUAGCUACCUCUAACAUGGGGAAUAGUUUCUUGCAGUUGACCCUAACUAUACCCCUUAUAGUUUAUAUACCUCAAUCAUGUCUCCACUUGACCUCCUCCACUCCAGGGAAAACUGACCCCGCCUCUCCGCUCUCCAGUCUCUGUGAAGUCAGCCUGAAGUAUGUCACAUACCAUCUGCCACAUGAAGAUACCGAAAGCAACUUUUCCUGCCACAGGUUCCCCGGACAGUGUCCAACACCAGACAUUUUCCCUGCUGAGUGCCCAGUUGCCUGGUUACCUUCAUUUGCUCUUCCAUUUCAGCUGCUCUCUCCCUCGCAAGGGAAGUGUUUCAUUUGGUUUUGUAGUACAGAAGUAGCUGCAUUUUAAUUAUUGAACAGCAGGGAAAAUCGUUUAUGUUGAGAAGGAACAAAAUUGGAUCAAUGUGUUUUUUUCUAAGUAAGUCUUUGAAAAUGUGAUUGCAGUAUGGUGUGACAGGAAUAAAUAUGAAGUGGGAUGCUUAUAAAAUACUGAAAACAUUCUGUGU